UUUCAACACAGCAAUACCUUCCUUUAAAGACCUUGGAGUGGUUUAGAAGAGAAGCAGAUAUGUCUGAUACUCGGUUAUAUUCCUUCUCGCAAGAAACCAAAGACAAGCUACGGAAAUUCCGCCUGGGAACUUCUCGAGCAAAGGAUCCCCAGGCCGUAAUCUACAUCGUCGACGCCAAAACGAAAGAGAUCCGUGCGCAGAGUGACGACGUUUAUUCAAAACUAGAAGACAUCGCAGACGAGCUCCCUGACUCGUCGCCGCGCUUUAUCUUACUGAGCUACCCUCACACCUUGCCUUCCGGCCGUCUAGCCGUGCCAUAUGUCCUCCUUUACUACCUCCCCGAGAACUGCAACCCGUCGUUGCGCAUGAUGUACGCCGGUGCUGUCGAGCUCUUCCGAAACACAGCGGAGGUGCAGCGUGUGAUUGAAGUUGAGACUGAAGGAGAUGUGCUUGACGUGGAAACGAAACUGAGUGGAGAGGAUUAGUUUGGUAUAUAUCUAUGGGUGACUGAUAUCUUUUGAUUUUUCUUGAUUUUGUGUAAAGAGCAUUUUGACUACUUUGCUCAAGGGAUUGUCUUAAUGAUUUGAAUUAUUCUGGUUCAUUGUGACGAACCCAUAGUUUCCUAAUUACUUCACUAUUGCCAUGCAAUAAAUAUGGAAAAACCCACCAUAAAACCAC